AUGUUUCUUCAGUGGGUUCUGUGUGCUGCAAUAUGGUUGGUAGCCUUGUUGGCCAAUCUAAUAUUACAUUGCCCUAAAUUUUGGCCUCUUGCAAUGCUUGGGGGAAGCAUUUGGGCAACAGGAAAUAUUGCUGUUGUCCCAAUUAUUAAAACCAUUGGCUUGGGCCUUGGCAUAUUAAUCUGGGGAUCAUUUAGUUCCUUAACUGGCUGGGCAAGUUCAAGGUUCGGCUGGUUUGGAAUGGAUGCACAAGAAGUGUCUAAACCACUGCUCAACGACAUUGGAGCUGCGCUAUCAAUAGUAAGUGCUUUCAUAUUUUUGCUCAUCAAAAGUGAAAUACCAAGUCACACAUCUUCCCUGGACAGCACACCAUUAAUAGUAGAGCAGGUGAACAACACAGCUCAAGAUAGUGGGCACAAUUACUCCUGGGUGGAUAGACUUUCUACCAGACAGCAACGCAUGGUGGGAUGCUGUCUUGCAGUCAUAUCUGGGAUGCUGUAUGGAUGUACAUUCGUGCCUGUUAUUUACAUCAAGGACCACAGCAAAAGAAACGACAGUGCUUACGCAGGUGCAAGUCAGUAUGAUUUAGAUUACGUGUUUGCGCACUUCAGUGGCAUCUUUCUUACAAGUACAGUCUACUUUCUGGCCUACUGUCUAGCCAUGAAAAAUAAUCCUAAACUAUAUCCUGAAGCAGUCUUACCAGGAUUCCUAUCAGGAAUACUUUGGGCAAUAGCUACCUGCUGCUGUUUCAUAGCUAAUUACUCUCUAAGUCCUGUGGUCAGUUUUCCAAUAAUUACUGCUGGUCCAGGACUUAUAGCUGCAAUGUGGGGUGUCUUCAUGUUUAAGGAAAUACAGGGUCUGCGAAACUAUUUCUUAAUGAUACUUUCAUUUUGCAUCAUCUUGACAAGUGCUUUAUGCACUGUUUUUUCUAAAAUCUAA